AUGCCUCGAUUACCGUCGAACUUUGUAUCCAAGAAGAAGAAGAAGAAAAAUGGAAGCGAUGAUGAUGACGACGAGAAGAAGAAUACCAAUUCGGAAGACGAAGAGGAAGACGAAGACGGAGGGUACACGGUGGUCGGGGAAGACGUGACGGACUCGUCCGCCUCGGAAGAAGAAGAAGAAGAAGAAGACGCGAUGAUGAUGGCGGGAGGAGAAGGAGCGCAACAAAAGCCGACAAAGACGCAACAACAAAAGCAGCUCGAAAGACCGAAAGUGUGGCGGCCGCCGGAAAACUCCCAAGAAGGGGCUUCAGACGAGAUGGAAUACGACGCCACGGCGUACGAUUGCUUGCACGCGUUUUCGCACGAGUGGCCGAGCUUAUCGUUUGAUAUCUUGAGAGACGAUAUGGGAGACGCGCGCUCGAAGUUCCCGCACGCGUUUUUUAUGGUUUCCGGGACGCAAGCAGAUCAGGCGAGUAAGAACGCGUUGUCGAUAUCCAGGGUGGGGAGGUUGAAGAAAACGGGAGGAGGGACGAAGACUAGCAGUAGAAAUAAUAAUAACAAUAGAGAAGAGAAGAAGAAAAAGAAGAUGAAUAGCAACAUUGAUAAUAAUUCGGACGAUUCAGAUGAGGACGACGAUUCAGAUGAGGACGAUGAUUCGGAUUCGGAGACGGACGAUUUCGACGCGUCCAACCCGUCGAAAUCGGGGAAACCGACUUUACACGUCUCGUCGAUUUCUCACCCGGGUGGGAUUAAUCGAGUCCGUUUAAUGCCACAAAAUGCGGCAAUUUGUGCCACUUGGUCGGAUUCCGGGCACGUGUUAGCCUGGGAUAUCUCCACAGCGUUUCGCUCGUUGCAAAACUCCGUGGAGGACCAGAAGAAUCAAAACGUGGUGAACGAGAAGAAGAUGAAAAUCGCGCCGAAGAAAGUGCACUCGAAGCACAAAGAGGAAGGGUACGCGUUAGACUGGAGUUCAGUGUCUGCUGGACGAUUAGCGUCUGGCGAUAAUACCGGAUCAAUUCACGUGUGGGAACCGACGGAUGCGAACGUCACGGAUUGGAACAUAGAUUGCGGAUACGCGGACGGCCACGACGGGAAAUCCGUCGAGGAUAUUCAAUGGAGUCCAUCUGAAGCGACCGUGUUUGCCUCGUGCGGUGGGGACGGCGGGAUUUCCGUCUGGGAUACUCGACAGAAACCGAAACCUGCGAUUCGAGUCAAAGCGGCAGAAAACUGCGAUAUAAACGUCAUGUCUUGGAACCGAUUAGCGAACUGCAUGAUUGCCACCGGCUUGGACGACGGAGGAUUGAAGAUUUGGGAUUUACGCCAUUUCGAUCCGAAAGGGAAAACGAACCCAAAACCAGUCGCGCAAUUCACGUUCCAUCGAGGACACGUCUCCUCCGUCGAUUGGUCUCCAUUCGAUAGCGCCAUGCUCCUCUCCGCGGCGAGUGAUAACACCGUCUGCGUGUGGGAUUUAGCCGUCGAACGCGACGCCGAAGAGGAAGCGCAAGCCAUGGCGGAGAACGAAUCCAACGCCGAGAUCCCGGACGAUUUACCGCCGCAACUCAUGUUCGUCCAUCAAGGCAUCACCGAUCCAAAAGAGGCGAAGUUUCACUCCCAAAUUCCUGGUUUAAUCGUUUCCACCGCUUUGGAUGGGUUUCACGCGUUCAAGCCGUUCAACGUCGGCCCGGAAACGUAA